AUGGCAUUCCGAGAAAACCUAGGAUCACCUGUGAUCAGUGGAGCUAAGACAUGCUACGAGAAUUUUGAACGUCUAGUCAACUUGUGUGCACUAGAACGAGCAGCAACAACAGGUGGUAUUGAGGACGCGUUCUUUCGAUUCAAACUGUGGGCUGGAAAUGUCGGAGUUUUACAUAACCCCAAAUUCAACAACUUCCUGGACAUUGAGCUACGCCAGACUCCAAAAAUUGUGGAGCAAAUUGUGCUGACUCUUGAAGACUUGAGAGAAUCUUUGGAAGAUGCUUGCUCAAUCGCGAACCAUACUCGAGUAAAUCAUGUGAACACAACUGAGGAUUUUGGUUUUCUAAACUCCGCCGAAGAAGGAGCAGAUGAAAUGGCAGAGAUUUUUGAAUCGGUUACCGAUUCAAUCCAUAACCUCUUCCGCAUAUCAAUGGUCAUUCGCGAUUGUACAGAGAUAGACCGGAAGACCAACAGUACUUGGAGUUCAUCACUAAUGAUAAGUUCAGAGAGCUCGAGCUGUGAGCACGACGUGGCUGGGGUAAAAGAGAAGUUCUCGGCAUUGGUUGCUAAAGACAAGGAUUGGCUUGCUGUAAGGUUGGGAAACGCGAUUGCGCAACGCCGUCAGUACCUCAAAUACUGCUCAGAACGUUAUGAGAAAGCAGGAAAACAACGAGAAAAUCAUAAUGAGAUCGCUUCCCCCCCAUCAGAGAAGACAGAAAAUCAUCAGAAAACUCCUUCAUCCACUGAAAAGAAGGCGAAUUUGUUAUCAAAUCCUUGUGGUACUCGCUACGUAUCAGAGGCAUCCACCGAAGACCUCACUGCACGAGAUAGAUCUUCCAACCAGCCCGAUAUAUCAAACGAAACUUCCGUGGAGAAAAAUGAUAGCAUGUUCGAUCUACAAGUCAUUCCACUCCAGGACAUCUCCAAAAACCAAUCAUGUUUUGAUUGCAUAUAUUGCUGGCAAAGUCAAACCCACGAGACACAAAAGGCAUGGGAGAAUCAUGUGUUUGAAGAUAUCAAACCUUACAUUUGUACCUUUCGAGAUUGCAAAGCCGAGCCAUUCGCCGAUGAGCACGCUUGGUUUACACAUGAAAUGCAGACUCAUCGGAAGCGAUGGAAGUGCUUUUUCUGCCUCGAAGCUUUUUUCCAGACACCGGACAGAUACCGUGAACAUCUCGAGGAAUUACACGAGAAUAUUCAUAUAACGAAAAGCCUACUUCCAGCACUCAUGGAGUUGAGCCAGCAGCCGAUCAUCGAGUUUUCUCCAUCCGACUGCCUGUUCUGCCACGAUUGGGAGUUACAUCUUAGAAAAUCAUCUCAAAAUGAAAAGGCCGACGAAAAACUUUUGGUAGAUGUGGACCAGUUCAAACGGCACGUCGGGGCUCAUUUGAAGCAACUAGCUUUGCUCGCAACCCCUCAACACCGUGAGUAUGGCGACAGUGCGAGCAGCAAUAGAGACUUAGAUGAUUUACCUUGUUCUUCUGCGGAUAUAAGGGGCUCAAUCACAGGCCAUUUACAGAUCCGUCAAAAAGGCGAACUUUCCGACACAUCAACAAGUACGGAAAAUGCAGCCUCCGCAAUUGCAGCACCUCCGUCGUCUCAACUCAUAGCUAAAACCACAUUUGCGAUUCAAAAAGAAGUGAUAAGUGAUCUUGGGAGAAGCAGCUUUGUGGCCAAAAGUAACGAAUCGUCUUCUGGUCCUGGUUCUUUUGAGUAUUGUGUCAAUGAUUUACCAAGCUCGCAUGCACAACUCCGUCAGAUUUCUGGCAAAUCCCCUGCUGAAGAACCACAGCCACAGAGCUCUACCGCCGACGAAUCGAUGACAGGCAAACUGCAAAAACGCCCUUCCCCUUCGAAGAGCCUUAAAAUUCCAAUCAGCAAAUCCAACACGCACAAAUAUGACCCACAAAACUCUACUAGCGAAAAAAGGAAAACACUCCAAUCGGAAAUAUAUUAUCAGUGGUACUGGUAUUGCCGGUCUUGCCGUUCAGGAACUCCUCAUAGUACACGGCAUUAUCAAUGUGCAAAUCCUCUCUGUUUAGUCAUAAGACCUUACGAUGACCAAGGUGUUGAUUGGGAGAGACACCCAGAUCCUUAA